AUGGAAAAGCAAAAGAAUGAUAUUCCUCCCGUAAGCAGCAGCACUAUUUCUUCAAGUCGAGAUAUUCAUACGGAACAAGAGGAUGAUGAUGCGUCUUUAAAUUCCAGAGAAAUAUUCGCUCAAAGAUUAGAUACACCCGAUACCCAAACCGAACAUAUUACGCAAAGAACUAAACAACAAAACGAAGAAUCAACUCUUAAUGCUGAAACAUCUGCAAUACCUUUAAUCCUAAUGAAGCAUUUAGAAGUACCAAUAACGAAUCAACCUUUACGAAUAUCAUCAAAUUUACCAUCUUCUGUCUCUUUAAAUAUGCCUCCGUCAAAUCAACCACAAACACUGGUCCUUCAAGCACUAGCCCAAUUGAACGAGAGCUCGUUAAGGUUAGCUAUGGCUGACAAAAGAAUCAAUAACCUACAAGCUUGGUUUAAUACCAAAAACUACUCGGAAAUUACGCCUCCAGAUUCACUGACAAGUGCUCCUCCGUCUUAUUCAUUCGUUUUAAGACAAAUGGCAGUAAGAAGGAGGCCUCGACUAAUGGGAACGUUCAUUCCAUCCCCAUCAUACAUUCAACAUACUCCACCGCCUAAUUACACAACAGCUUUUGAUAUUUACGUUGAUAAUCCGUUACCACCGCCUCCACCAAGAGUAUACAACUUCGGUUUUACACCCGUAACUAUUGUUUGUCCUGAAUGUGGAUACACAGGGAUGACUGUUGUGGCGAGCAAGAUAACCCUGUGUACGCAUUUGUGUGCGGUAACUCUAUGUUUGCUAUGCUGCUGGAUAUGUGCUCCAUUGCCAUACGUUCUAAGAUCUUGUAAAGACGUAUACCAUUACUGUAGAAAUUGCAGGAACUUCUUGGGAAUGUAUUGUCCCACUAACCCAGAAAGCGCCUAUGCAGGAAACGCUUGUUAA